AUGUCAACUCAUACAUAUAAAAAGUCUGAGGAGUCCAAUUCAGGCAAAAUGCCUGAUAAAAUGACUGUUUACCAGGACUGUCUGAACGAGUUUAAUGAAUCUCCUGUGAGUCCAAAACGUUGCCGUAAUCUGAUUGCAAAACUUUUGAAAUUGUUAUCUCAUGGUGAAACAUUUCCUCCUAGUGAAGCUACAACAUUAUUCUUUUCAAUUUCGAAGUUGUUCCAACAUCCAAAUAAUUCUUUAAGACAAGUGGUUUAUCUUGCUAUUAAGGAACUAUGUACCAUAUCUGAAGACACCUUGAUGGCUACAUCGUCAAUUAUGAAGGAUGUUCAAAAUGGUUCGGCAAUUGUGAAGCCUAAUGCAAUUAGAUCAUUAACUAGAGUUUUGGAAGAAUCUACGGCUUAUUCGGCGGAGAGAUUGUAUAAAAGCGCAGUUGUCUCUAAAAACCCAUCGAUCUCUUCUGCAGCAUUGGUAUCUUCCUAUCACUUGUUGCCAAUUGCGGAGUCCACCGUGAAACGUUAUGCUAAUGAGAUUCAUGAGGCAGUUUCUGAUCUUAAGAAUUUCUCACAGACUGGUAAAUCGACUGACUUCAGUCUGGUGUCCUCCUAUAUUUCCCAGUACCACGCAUUAGGUCUGCUAUAUAGAUUGAAUGCUCAUGAUAAAAUUGCAAUGAUGAAAAUGGUUCAGCAAUUUUCUUCAGGCAGCACUUUGCGGAAUCCGUUAGCCCAGGUCCAAAUGGUUAGAAUGGUUCAUGAACUAUUGCGCUUGGAUAACCAACUAAUCCCACAAUUUGUGCCUUUGUUAUCCAAUUGGUUAUCUAGCAGGCAUGAGCAUGUCCAACUUGAGGUGUGUAAGGUUAUUUCUGCCUUGUCCAAUAGUGUUCCAACAGAUCUAUUUAUCAGUAUGAUCCAAACAUUACAAGGUUUGUUAACUGUUCCUCGUAUGUGUUCAAGAUUUGCUGCUGUGAGAUUAUUGAAUAAGAUUUCUAUGGUUGCCCCCGAAAAGAUUGUUGUCUGUAAUCCUGAGCUUGAGUCUCUAAUUAACGACCAAAAUAGAAACAUUUCUACUUACGCAAUUACAACACUACUAAAGACUGGUACAUCAAAAAAUAUCUCCUCCUUGAUAAAAACUAUUGGUAAGUUCAUUAAUGAUGUUUCUGAUGACUUUAAUGUCAUUAUUGUCGAUGCAAUUCUUACAUUAUCCUUGAAGUUCCCUGAAGAGUGGAAGAAUAUUUUGGCGUUCUUGAUUGAUACUCUAAAAAGUUCGGAUGGUGGAUAUGAAUUUAAAAAUGGCAUUGUAGAAGCCUUGUUUGAUUUGGUUAAGUAUGUGCCACAAUCAAAGGAGCAGGCGUUGGAGCAUUUAUGUGACUUUAUCGAGGAUUGUGAAUACAAUGAACUUUUAGUUAGAAUUUUACACCUAUUAGGUAAGGAAGGUCCUAACACCAAGAACCCAUCAUUAUAUGUGAGACACAACUACAACAGGGUUGUAUUAGAAAACUCCAUUAUUAGAUCUGCCGCAGUUAGCGCACUCUCAAAGUUUUCUUUGGCUAAAAGUGAUCCUACAUUGAUUGAUUCCGUUCAGAGUCUGCUAAAAGGUAUUGAAAUCGACCAAGACGACGAAGUUAGAGAUAGAACGUCUACAUCGUUGUUGUUUAUUGAAAAGCUCAAGUCAGAGCCCGGAAUGGCAGAGAAAUUUAUUCAACCUAAACAAAGCUUCGAUUUGCAGAGUCUGGAAAAUAAGUUGACUCAGUAUUUGUACUCUAAUGAAGAUGGGUUUAAAACCGCAUUUGACACAACUACUAUUCCAAGGUAUACCGAAGACGAAUUGAAGGCUAUUGAAUUGAAGCAGAAGCAAGAGAAAAUGCUCACCGGCGUUGAAAGAAAUGGUGGUUCUUCAAUGGGUAUAUCCGGAGAUUCUAAAAAAUCAGACAGUGCGCAUGGUUCGGCCGGUAAUCAAGCUGAAGAUGAACAACCUGUUAACUACGCUGAACAGCUUGCAGCAAUUCCAGAAUUUUCGUCAUUGGGACAGGUUCUCAACAGUUCCAGGCCUGUUCCGCUUACUGAACCAGAAGCAGAAUUCAGCGUUACGAGCGUUAAACACUUGUUCCACAAUCAUGUUGUACUUCAAUUUGAUAUCAUUAAUACCUUGAAUGAUGUUGCAUUGGAAAACGUAGCUGUUGUUUGUACCCCAGAAAGCGAUACAUCUACAAUUGAACAGGAAACUGUUCUGUCGAUAGAUAAAUUGUACCCACAUGAAACUAAAUCCUGCUACGUGAGUUAUGCAAAACCAGAGGACACGAAUACCUACGGCUUCCUAAAUAGGUUAACAUUUACCACUUUGGAACUGGACCCAUCUACAAAUGCUCCAUUUGAAGGCGAUGAAGGUUUCCAAGACGAAUUCGAAAUUGAUCCAUUAUACUUGCAAGCAGGUGACUACAUCAAAUCCUUCUUUGUUAGCGAUUUCCAAGCUGCCUUUGAUAAAUUCGCACAUGAAGAGGUGGCAGUGUACAACUUAAGCCAUUCCCCCAACUCAUUGCAAAGUCUGGUCAAUAACUUGGUUCUAACCACUAACUGUCUACCAGUUGAAAACACCCAAUUCGUAUCGAACGAGGCUAACUCCCAUACUGUGAAACUAUUUGGUAAGCGUGUUGUUACAGAUGCCUGUGUGGCAAUGAUUGUUAAGAUCAUUAAAAGCAAUAAAGGCACCGCUCUAAAAGUACAAUGUAAGAGUGAUGAUGAAUCGCUCUGCGUUGAGCUUGCGAAUGGAUUAGUGUUGUAA